AUGGUGCAGCAGCUGCAGCAGAGCUGUGCGUCCUGCAAACCGGACGCCCCUCCUGAGAGCGGCGGCUCCCAGCCACGCCAUCAGCAGAACCUCAAGGUGUCCGGUCACCCUGCAGGUGGGGGGGUUCCUGGUGGAGGGCGUGUCUCCACACCUGAGCCGCGCUUCUGCUCACAAAGAGAAGCAGCAGCUGUCAUCUGCAGCCAGCGACUGUCCGACAUGGCCAAGAAGGCGUCCUCCAGAACCGCUCUGAAGAACCUGUUCUCCAGAACCGAGGCGGGUCCGGACGAGUCUGCGCAGAAGGAACAGGACAGGAGGAGGUUCAAGUUCCCAAAGCUGAAGAUAAGGUCGAAGAACGAGGCUGAGCGGCAGCAGGAGGUCAGGGCGGCAGAGUCCAGCGGUACCGCAGAGUCCAGCGGUACCGCAGAGUCCAGCGGUACCGCAGAGUCCAGCGGUACCGCAGAGUCCAGCGAGGCUGACAGGACCGUCUCUGUGAAGAAGUCUUCUUCUGUCCACACCACCGAGUCCAGAGCAAAGGCCAAAAAGUUGAGCUACUCUGAGUUGGACCUGAGGAAACCCAAACGUCUGGCUACGUUCUCCUUCGGCCUGAGGAAGAGGAGGAAGAGCGGCGAGGAGAACGUCUCACAGAGCACCUUUGGUCUUCACAGCGCCGAUGUCCAGCAGGAGAACCCGGGCUCCCGUUUGGAUCCGGAUCCGACCGGCUCCAACAUGCAGCUCAGUCUGUCUCAACCCGAGCUCGACACCAGCGGCACCUUCGACAUCCCGUCUCCUCCUCCUCUGUCUUCAAAUCGAUCUGAGGCGUACUUCUCCUUCCCUCUCGGAUCAUUCCUCAGCCCCAGGAACCGGCCAGAACCCGACCAGAACCUCUCCGAUGGCUGGCCCGAAGGAACGCCGAGCGCUCAGAGCGCCUCCAUCCAGGAGCUUCAGCUUCAAGAUCCUUCCUCCCAGGAGCCGGAGAACCUUCCUGCUCCUCCUGCUCCAACACAAACCGUUCCCAGCCUCCAGCGCCAGCAGGCGGAACCGGGUCUGGACCCAGACCUCCUGCAGAACUACGGCUCGGCUGCGUCAGCACACCCUCAGCCAGAGGAGGCGUCAGGAACCCCCCAGCUGCUCCUGAAGACCAGCAGCUCUGACAGGAACGUUCCCGAUGCUCCUCUGAGUCCAGAUUCAGGUCCUGAAGAACCUGAACAUCAGGUGACCUCUGGAACCCAAUCUGUGGUUCUGACCCGGGCUGCCGAGCCGAGGACCACGCCGUCCAGGCAGGACUCAGCUGAAGGUUCAGCUCCUGGAGAAGCUCUACGUCUCACUGGUUCUCUGGAUCCUGAACCGGACCCACGGACCGGUUCCGUCAGCAGCAACCGGAUCUCAGCUGAGAGUUCUGACCCUGAUUCUGUCUCCAUGAGCUCUGAACCGACCCGGGUUCCCACCAGCCAGGGUUCCCUCUUUGCUCCACGGCUCGGCUCUGAGGAACCUCCCUCCCAGAACCCAGAGAGAGGUUCUGCCUCCCAGACAGAACCGCCUGUGGUCCAGCCCCCCCUGCUGUCACGUGGCGCCGCCGCAGGUGAAGCCAAUCCCACCUGUGCUCCCUCGGCCCAGGUGUGCAGCUCCUCUCGGGUCCCGGUUCCGGACUCGGCGCACAGCGCAGGCCUUGUUCCGGACUCGGCUGCUUCUCGGGUUUCCGGAGCGUCUCCGGGGACGGGCUCUCGGGUUUCCUGCUCUAAACGCCGAGCGGUCCUGCUCAGACGGCCGUUCCCAGCCGAGUCCUCGCCCCAGGAUCACAGAAUGAACGGCCAGGAGGGGGAAACCCAAACGCAGAGUUCCCCAGAACCUCCAGAACCGGACCGAGCUCUGAGUCCGGCCUACCUGAGCCUGGGCUCGGACGAAGGCAGCACCUACUUCAGCGCUCAGGAGGACGAGCCGGAGAGCGGAGAGGAGGAGAUGCUGCCUGAGGGGGGGGGCGCCCAGCAGGGGGGGGCGGCUCACACCCGCACCCAGAAGACACCUGAGGGUCAAAGGUCAGAGGAUCCGCUGCUGCUCCACGGAAACUUCACGCUGGGACCAAAGCCAGAGGAGGAGGAAUCAGAGCCGGCACAGGUGAGAGGGGAGGGGCUGCUGGCAGCACCGGUUCAGCAGGUAAACGGGCCGCAGGAAUGCGACUCGGCCCCGCCCUCCUCUGAUCCGGCGGGGGAGGGAAAGCAGGCCAGAGACGUGGAGACGGAGGAGCAGAGCGCCCCGAGCCUGCAGGCAAAGUUUCCAGUUUCUGACACCAGGAGACCCGAAGAAACCGGAGAGCGGCGCCGGGUCGGAGCCGGAGGCCAGGAUGAGCGCGGCUCACGCACACCUGCCGCUGCUGCAGGACGCACACCUGACGCUGCUGCAGGACGCACACCUGACGCUGCCGCCGCCGCCUCCCGCACACCUGAGGGGGCGGGACCCGUGACUCAGGGCGCAGACGGACACGCUGCGACGCCACCACAGGUGUCAGAGCAGCCGUCAGCCACGGAACCGUGCACACCGCCUCCUCACCUGCACCCAGCCGAGGCCGCGGGUCAACGGGACCACAGCUUCCAGCAUUCAGGACCAGGACCAGAACCAGAACCGGAUGACAGGAUGAAUUCAGGCUUCAGCAGCCUGAGCACCACCCUGAAGAACUCCUCUCCUCCCAGGGAGGAGGAACCUAAAUCCCGUUUCCACAAAGUGUCGCUGGUUGCCACUGAAACCAGCAGCAGGACCGAGGAGCCCGACCCAGAAGCGGAGUACAAGUGGAAGAACCGUUUUCAGGGCCUGACCCAGUACAACUCCAGCAGGUCCCUCCUCCCGGACUCCUCCUCCUCCUCCUCCUCCUCCUCCUCCUCGGCUCCCAGCAGCCUGACGGACGGCUCUGUGUAUCUGAGCCCUGCUGGAGCUGGGGAGUGGAGGCGGAGCCUGCAGGAGGAGGAGGAGGAGCCAGCUGCUCCCGCAUGUGAAGAGGAGGAACGGCUGAAAGGAGAGACAGAGUGGAGAAGGUCUGAGUGGGAGCAGGAGCAGCACUCCGUGUCCUCCAGGAGCACCGACGACGACGACUCCCUCUUCACCGGAGUCUUCAGGGCCACCCUGGUGGAUCUGGUCUCUGAUCCUGCACCUGCCCUGCCUCCCCCCUGCUCCCCUGAAGCAGACUCCCCCUUAAACGACAUGGACAACCUGAUGGACACCCUGAAGAGCAUGGGGCCCUCUCAGAGGCCCAGGAGCACAGGCCCCCGCGCUGCCCCCCCUGCGCUGGUCUCCUCCCUGCCCCCCAUCAAGGAAGACCUGGUGAGCCCCAUCACCACCGACCUGGCCCCCUCCCUCAGCGCCCCCUCCCUCAGCACCCCCUCCCUCAGCACCCCCUCCCUCAGCACCCCCUCCCUCAGCACCCCCUCCCUCAGCGCCCCCUCCCUCACGCCCCCCUCCCUCAGCGCCCCCUCCCUCAGCGCCCCCUCCCAGGGGCCACAGGAGCCCCAGAAGCCGCUCUACGCGCUGCCGGCUGACCUGGGCCUCAACAAGAACCCCAUCAGGGACAAGAUGUCCCCGCUGGAGCUGAUGAAGAAGAGCCAGGAACCCGCCUCCUCUCUGGCUAACGGAACCGGGCCCCCUCCGUCUCCCUCCACCAGCUCUCGCCUCGACAGCAGCUUGCUCUUCAAAAACUACCGCUCCUCAUUCUCGGACCAGAAGCUGGAAAACGGGAGCGCCAACCGGCCCCUGGCCCGCGCCCUCUCCCUGCCGGAGACCGGGCCCUCAGCCAUGAGACUGAGUGAGCCUGGGGACGUGGGGCCCAGCAGGGACGCAAAGGGGUCCCGUCUGGAGCGUCUCUCCUUCCUCAUCAACUCCUCAUCGAGCUCCCAGAACGGAGCCGGGGACUCCAGCCCAGGGGCCCGGACCAGCUGGCUGUCCUCCCUGUCCCCCACCUCCAACGGCCCCACCAGCCUGGUCAGCCGCAGGGACCCCAUCGACCUGCAACGGCCCCUCACCGACUUGGAGCCGGGGGUCCUGCAGAGGAGCCUCAGCUGUGAGGGCCCGCCACAGAUGCCCCAGUUCAGAAGUGUCCUGGAUGGCCCCCAGUUCAGCGGCGUGCAGGGAGGCCCCCAGUUCAGCGGCGUGCAGGGAGGCCCCCAGUUCAGCGGCGUGCAGGGAGGCCCCCAGUUCAGCAGCGUGCAGGGAGGCCCCCAGUUCAGCGGCGUGCAGGGAGGCCCCCAGUUCAGCGGCGUGCAGGGAGGCCCCCAGUUCAGCAGCGUGCAGGGAGGCCCCCAGUUCAGCGGCGUGCAGGGAGGCCCCCAGUUCCAGAGCCAACGGGAUGAACCAGACUUUAGCCUGAUGUCCAAGUACCGAGCCUUCCCAGACGCCUAUCUGACUAAGGAGAAGGAACACGGGAAGCUCAACCCUCGUCCAGGAAAGAUGUUCAUCUUUGAUCGGCCGGGGAUGUGCGGUCAGAGGAUGGAGAUCCGCGGCGACGUCAUUGACGCCACCGCCUGGGAGCUGCAGGACACCAUCUCCAUCAGGGUGGUGAGAGGAGGGUGGGUUCUUUACGAGAAGCCCAACUUCAAAGGGGAGAAGAUCGCUCUAAAUGAGGGCGACAUCGAGCUCACCUGUCCCUUCAGCCCACCUGAGGAGCAGCUGCAGAACGGACACCAGGAGAACCAGGAGAACCAGGGGGACCAGGAGCAGGACGGUGAAACCACAGAGGAGAAGCCGAGCCGCAGGUUCAUCAUCGGCUCGGUGCGCAGAGCAGUCAGGGACUACAGCGUUCCAGAGAUCGCCCUCUUCCCGGAGGAGAACGCGGAGGGGAAGAAGGUGGUCUUCAGGGACACGUCUGAGGACGCCCGCAUCUUCGGCUUCCCCAUCAGGGCCAAGUCGGUCAUCGUGAACGCCGGGCUCUGGCUGGUGUUCUCGCAGCCGUUCUUCCAGGGCGCCCAGCGGAUCCUGGAGGUGGGGGGCUACACCAACCCUGCAGCCUGGGGGGUGGAGGAGCCCUACGUGGGCUCGCUGCAUCCGCUCAAAGUGGGAGAACCUCGGGUGGAGAACAUGAGGGAACCCAAGAUGGUGAUCUACGAGAAGCCGUACUUCACCGGCAAGUCCAGGACCAUCAGCUCCAACAUGAGGGACUUCAUGAGCCGCACCGACCGCCAGCAGAACCUCUUCAUGCCCAAGCUGGGUUCCCUGAAGGUCCUGGGAGGAAUCUGGGUGGGCUACGAGAAGGAGGGCUUCCUUGGACACCAGUACCUCCUGGAGGAGGGGGAGUACCACGACUGGAGGGUGUGGGGGGGCUGCGACUCCGAGCUGCGCUCCGUCAGGAUCAUCCGGGCGGACCUGACGGAGCCGAUGAUGGUGAUGUACGAGCAGCCCGAGGAGGAGGAGGGCGUGAUGGAGGAGAACACCUUCGAGGUGACUGAGGCCAUCCCUGACGUGGAGCUGUUCUCCUACAAGACCUCCACGCGCUCCAUCCACGUCCUGAGCGGAGCGUGGGUGGCCUACUCGCAUGUGGACUUCUCGGGGAACCAGUACAUCCUGGAGAAAGGCUUCUACAGCAACUGUGCCGACUGGGGCUCUCAGGACACCCGGGUCUGCUCGGUGCAGCCCAUCUUAGCGGCCCCGCCAGAGACCCCCGGCCCCAGAGACCAGAUCAUCCUGUACGCAGAGCCAGACUUCCAGGGCGAACGCCGCGUCUUCCACCACAGCCAGGCGGCGCUCUCUGACAAGUUCAUCACCAAGUCGUGUCGAGUGGUGGAGAGGAAG